UGCCCGGCCCGGGGCCUGGGCAGGAGAUGUGGAGGCCUCCGAGGAUGAAAGAUUGGUGUUUCUAAACCUUUUUCAUCCGUGGGCAAGCGUUGCAAAAGCUCUUGGUCAUUAAAACCCGCAGGCAAUGACUUCAGUGUUCUCUCUACUUGCUGAAGUGGGUUGGGACGGUGGCUGGUUAGUAACUUGUGUUCAUGGAGGUUUCCAGCUCAGCUGACCAGAGCUAAUCCAGGAUAAACACUGCACAAGACCCUGAGGAGGUGAAGUUUUUGCUCGUCAGGCAAAGCCAUCAUUCUGGUACAUUGGCUGCUCACAGUGUGGGGAUGCAUGAAUCACAUGUUUCCAGCCUCCUAUGCCUGGGGAAACUUCAGUGUCCUUGCAGUGGGGAUCUGGGCUAUUGUGCAGCGAGAUUCCCUUGAUGCCAUCAUGAUGUUCCUAACUGGCCUGCUGCUCACCGUCCUCACAGACAUCAUUCAUGUCUCUGUCUUCUACCCUCCAAACAACUAUCUCACCGAUACAAGGCGUUUCAGUAUAGGCAUGGCCAUCUUCAGCCUUCUUCUCAAACCUGUGUCCUGCUAUUUGGUGUAUCAGAUGUAUCGGGAGCGCGGAGGAGAGUACACCUUUAACAUAGGUGUCACCCGUGCAGGCCAGGAUCGCAGCGCCUAUGAGCCAAUUGAUCAGCAGGAUGCCGCUCCACAGUGGCCUGAUCCAAACAAGACAGCCCAGCAGCCGUACUGAAGCGCGCUCUGCAAGAGAACGGAUGCCUCCCUCACUGAGUCUAGCCUUCCGCUCUUCCCAUGGCUGUUCUGAUGGAGGAAGACAGGAGAAGAUCUGAUUUUUUUCAUUUCUUUUGCCAGCCUGAAGGGUAGGCAGAUGGGUUUGUGCAGUAAGUCCAGAAGAUCUUGGAGAUAGCAUGCUAAGCACCGUGACUCUGUAAUCCCAGUAUUCUCCUUUCCUCCCUCCCCCUAAAUCCCUCCUCUGUACGGGUGAGUGGAUGCACCUUCUGUGGUCUUCCAGCUCUUGUAUUGUGCAUCCUCUCUAUUGUAAGUACAAGAACCACUCAAAAUAUUCCUGGACAAGCUAUCUUGAACAGGCUUAUGGACUGCCCACAAACAAUACAGUUUAGCUUGCUUUUAUGCAGAUGCAUUUCCAGGAAACAUCUGGGAGUUCCUGAGGGCUGUUUUUGAUGGUGUUAUUUAACCAAGAUUCAUGACUGUAACUCCCUGUGCUAGCUCUGGUGGUUUGCACAAAGCUGGGAUUGGUAUAAAAUGCUGUUACUGGGCCAGGGAGCUGCUUGUGCUCCCAGUAUCUAGUCUUGGGUUUUAUUCACUGAUGCUUUUAUGCAAGUUGAAUGUCCUUCGGGAUCCUUCAAAUGGCUGUUGAAUGUAUGUGCCUUGAAAUGUCCUUUUGCCUUCAGCUGCCUGUCUUAACAGAACUUGAAAUGUUACAUUUUUCUAAGAAAACUAUAAAACGAACACAGUUUUUCUGUGUUAGAAAAAGUUA